UUCAUGCCACGUCUUACUCUUGUUUUCUAAAUUCUGUGGAAACAGAAACAGGCUUCAACAGAAAAGAGAGAGGAAUGAAGAGCCUUUUGCUUCAAUUUUUGCUCCUUAUAACGUUUUCUUCUGCAUUUCCUACAGACCGAAAGAUGGACACUGAAGAGAACAUGAGGCUGGCGCAGGCAUAUCUCAACCAGUUCUACUCUCUUGAAAUAGAAGGGAGUCAUCUUGUUCAAAGCAAGAACAGGAGUCUCUUAGAUGGCAAAAUUCGGGAAAUGCAAGCAUUUUUUGGAUUGGCAGUGACUGGACAACUGGACUCAAACACUCUUGAGAUCAUGAAGACACCCAGAUGCGGGGUGCCUGACGUGGGUCAGUAUGGCUACACCCUCCCAGGGUGGAGACAAUACAACCUCACAUACAGAAUCAUAAACUACACUCCAGAUAUGGCACGAGCAGAUGUGGACGAGGCUAUCCAGAACGGCCUAGAAGUGUGGAGCAGAGUUACUCCACUGACAUUCACCAAGACUUCCAAGGGGAUUGCAGACAUCAUGAUUGCCUUUAGGACCCGAGUCCAUGGCUGGUGUCCUCGUUAUUUUGAUGGCCCCUUGGGAGUCCUCGGCCAUGCCUUUCCUCCCGGUCUGGGUCUGGGUGGAGACACUCACUUCGAUGAGGAUGAAAAUUGGACCAAGGAUGGAGCAGGAUUCAACCUAUUUCUUGUGGCUGCUCAUGAAUUUGGUCAUGCUCUGGGACUCUCUCACUCCAAUGAUCAGACAGCUUUGAUGUUUCCAAAUUAUGUCUCCCUGGAUCCUAAUAAAUACCCACUUUCUCAGGAUGAUAUCAAUGGAAUCCAAUCCAUCUAUGGCAGUCUACCUAAGACAUCUGCUAAGCCAAAGGAGGCCAUUGUACCCCAUGCCUGUGACCCUGAUUUGACUUUUGACGCUAUCACCACCUUCCGCCGAGAAGUAAUGUUCUUUAAAGGCAGGCACGUAUGGAGGAUCUACUAUGAUAUCACUGAUGUGGAAUUCGAACUGAUCUCUUCAUUCUGGCCGUCCCUGCCGAGUGAUGUUCAAGCCGCAUAUGAGAGCCCCAAAGAUAAGAUCCUAGUGUUUAAAGAUGACAACUUCUGGAUGAUCAGAGGAUAUGCUGUCUUGCCAGAUUAUCCCAAACCCAUCCAUACACUUGGCUUUCCAAGACAUGUGACAAAAAUUGAUGCAGCCCUCUGUGACCACAGUGCCAGAAAAACCUACUUCUUUGUGGGCAUUUGGUGUUGGAGGUAUGAUGAAGUGACCCAAAGCAUGGACAAAGGGUUCCCACGGAGGGUGGUGAAAUUCUUCCCAGGAGUUGGUCUCCGAGUCGAUGCUGCUUUCCAGCAUAAAGGAUUCUUCUAUUUCUUCCGUGGAUCAAAGCAAUUUGAGUAUGACCCCAAGGCAAAGAACAUCACCAGAAUAAUGAAAAUCAAUACCUGGUUUCGGUGUAAAGAACCAUUAAAUGCAUCAUCUGAUUUUAGUAUCAGUGAGGAAGGAGUCCAUUCAGGAGGAGCAGAGAUGUUUUAUCAUAAGAAUUUAAACUUGCUUAUUUUUAGUAUUGUUCAUGUGCUGAAAAAAAUCUAUAGUUAUCAAUAAAUUCAUGGACCAAAAAUAAACCUCCAGAGGUCUUUUAA